UUCUUCAGCUUUCAGCCUGGCCGGCACAACCAUUCCAGCCAAGGGGGAGGAGGACUUUCUCACGCUGGCCGCCUCCCGGCUCAGCCGCAAGAAACGUGUCAUCGGGGCUGGAGUUGGCGUGGCCAUGGUCCUGGUCCUGCUGGUGGCCAUUCCCCUAUUGGUCCACACCACCAAAGGGGGAGGGUCCGGAGGAGGGGGCACGCAUUACGAGAUGCUCGGGAGCUGCAAGAUGGUGUGUGACACUUUCACCCCCCCACAGGGAGAGCUGACAGCCGUCUCCCCUCAGCCCCCAGACUUCUCAAACCGCAGGGGCAAACAGGGAUUCAGAGGGAGCCCUGGACUUCCUGGUCCUCCAGGUCCUAAAGGGCCCCCUGGAGAGCCUGGUAAGCCCGGCCCACCUGGUCCACCUGGGCCUGGACCCGGUGGAUAUGGCCCAUCCUUCUACAGUCCAAAAAUUGCAUUCUACGCAGGCCUCCGGAAACAACAUGAAGGGAGUGAAGUACUGAAGUUCGAUGACGUGGUGACCAACGUAGGAAACUACUAUGAACCGAGCACCGGCAAGUUCACCUGCCCCCUGCCUGGCAUCUACUACUUCACCUACCAUGUCCUGAUGAGAGGAGGCGAUGGGACGAGCAUGUGGGCUGAUCUGAAGAAGAACGGACAGGUGAGGGCCAGCGCAAUUGCUCAAGAUGCAGAUCAGAACUACGACUAUGCCUCCAACAGUGUCAUCCUGCACCUGGAUGUGGGGGACGAAGUGUGCGUACAGCUUGAUGGGGGCAAAGUUCACGGUGGAAACACCAACAAAUACAGCACCUUCUCUGGCUUUCUCAUCUACCCUGACUGACAGUAUCCUCACAUUUAUAUACUCUCUCUCUCUCUGUGUAAUCAAGCAAAAAGUUUCCUCUCUUUUCUGCAUCUAACACCGCCAUGCCUCC